AGGAAGGCGAUCGGAUCCUUGUCCCCACCGUGAUGCCCUUUGACCAAAACGGUGCAAGUGCGAGACCCUGUUGCUGUUUAUUGUUUGAGUUGAGUGUGUUUUUGACUGAUCCCGGGCAACGGUCAGCCCCCACUGGGCAGCUGAAGUUCUGCACGCACUCCGCAGACAGGCGAGAGGGAGAGAGGGUUAUGCAUAAACCAACCAAUCCAUGUAUCCUAUAGAGAGAGAAAGCAAAGCAUAAAAAAGUUGCAUAGCAGAUACGACAACAACAACAACAACAACUGAUUAGGGAAAAUCUCAGCAGAAAAGUUCACAAAAAGGCUAACGACUCUACUUCCAAUCUUCUUCUGCUCGUGAUAUCACGAGAUCGCAAGCAAUCCUCGCUGAAAAUGGUGGAGAUUUUGGCCACAUUAGGUAGCAAUCUAGGGUUUUUGGCAGGUUGAGGGUUUGUUUUGAGGUGAUUGAUGCAAUAGAUGAGAGGUAGAGAGGAAAAAAGCAGUGAUGAAGCGAGAGAUCGCUGUUUGUUCUCUCCUGUGGCUGGUCAUGGUGUUCCAUCCUUUGACGAUGAUCUCUGCUAAUAUGGAAGGUGAUGCUUUGCAUAAUCUACGAAGUAAUUUAGAAGAUCCUAACAAUGUUCUGCAGAGUUGGGACCCUACGCUUGUGAACCCUUGCACAUGGUUUCAUGUUACAUGUAACAAUGAAAAUAGUGUGAUAAGAGUUGAUCUUGGAAAUGCAGCAUUAUCUGGUCAAUUGGUCCCUCAGCUUGGCCAGCUUAAAAAUUUACAGUACCUGGAGCUUUAUAGUAACAACAUGAGUGGACCAAUUCCUAGUGAUCUUGGGAAUUUGACAAACUUGGUUAGCUUGGAUCUGUACUUGAAUGGUUUCACUGGUCCCAUACCUGACACAUUGGGCAAGCUGACGAAGUUGCGAUUCUUCCGGCUUAACAACAACAGCCUCUCUGGUUCCAUUCCUAUCUCCUUGAUUAAUAUCACAGCACUACAAGUCCUUGAUUUAUCAAACAAUCGCUUAUCUGGACCUGUUCCAGACAAUGGCUCGUUUUCACUAUUCACUCCCAUCAGUUUUGCUAAUAACUUAAAUUUAUGUGGACCGGUUACUGGGAAACCCUGCCCUGGAUCUCCACCAUUUGCCCCUCCACCUCCAUUUGUUCCGCCAUCAACAAUCUCUUCUCCAAGUGGAAAUAGUGCUACUGGAGCAAUUGCUGGAGGUGUUGCUGCUGGUGCUGCCUUACUUUUUGCUGCACCAGCAAUUGGGUUUGCAUGGUGGCGCCGAAGGAAACCACAUGAACAUUUCUUUGAUGUACCUGCCGAAGAGGAUCCAGAAGUCCACUUGGGACAGCUCAAAAGGUUUUCGUUACGAGAAUUGCAAGUUGCAACAGAUACUUUUAGCAACAAAAAUAUUCUUGGAAGGGGGGGAUUUGGUAAGGUGUACAAGGGCCGCCUUGCUGAUGGUUCAUUAGUGGCAGUAAAAAGACUUAAAGAAGAACGCACACCAGGAGGGGAGUUGCAGUUUCAAACAGAAGUGGAAAUGAUUAGCAUGGCUGUGCAUCGGAAUCUUUUGCGACUACGUGGUUUUUGCAUGACACCAACAGAGCGACUACUUGUUUAUCCAUACAUGGCUAAUGGAAGUGUUGCAUCAUGUUUAAGAGAACGUCCACCAUCAGAACAGCCACUUGAUUGGCCAACGAGGAAGAGAAUCGCACUAGGAUCUGCUAGAGGGCUUUCUUAUUUACAUGACCACUGUGACCCAAAGAUCAUUCAUCGUGAUGUUAAAGCUGCUAAUAUUUUGCUGGAUGAGGAGUUUGAGGCUGUUGUUGGUGACUUUGGAUUAGCUAAACUUAUGGAUUAUAAGGAUACCCAUGUCACGACUGCAGUACGUGGCACCAUUGGGCAUAUAGCUCCAGAAUAUCUCUCUACGGGGAAGUCAUCAGAGAAGACUGAUGUCUUUGGUUAUGGGAUUAUGCUUUUAGAGCUAAUCACGGGGCAGAGGGCAUUUGAUCUUGCUCGGCUUGCAAAUGAUGACGAUGUUAUGCUGUUAGAUUGGGUCAAAGGCCUCUUAAAAGAGAAGAAGUUGGAGUUGCUGGUUGAUCCAGAUUUGCAGAACAAUUACGUUGAUGCAGAAGUUGAGCAACUGAUCCAAGUAGCAUUGCUCUGCACACAAGGGUCUCCAAUGGACCGGCCUAAGAUGUCCGAGGUUGUGAGAAUGCUUGAAGGUGACGGCUUGGCAGAAAGAUGGGAGGAGUGGCAGAAGGUGGAGGUAGAUCGCCACGAGAUUGAAAUGGGCCCACCUCGAAAUUCUGAAUGGAUUCUUGACUCCACCGAAAAUCUCCAUGCUUUUGAAUUGUCCGGGCCAAGAUGACCUAAAGGAGAUAAGUAAACCAUGAAAUUAUUUUACUUUUUUUCCUCCCCUCUUGUUUUGCAUUUCUUUUUUCUCCUGUAAGCUCGUUGUGUAUUCAAUAGCAUUCAUCAGAAUUUGUGCAUAUGAAUCUUUCUGGGGCCAAUUGGACACAUUUCGUAACGAUUAUAUAAUGUUCAAGCUCAAAGUUCGUGCAUUCAGCUGUUUUCAACCUUUCCAGGUGUUGCAUGAAUCAAGAGACUCAGAACUUAUCAAUCUCAUGUUUAUGCACCCUUAUGGUAUAAUAGGCUCAGAAGUUUGACA